AAAUUCCAAAUAAAGUGAAGAAUAUUUGGAAUUUGUGGUCAAAUGCCUACUUAAAAAGUAGCUACUACUUCAGUUGAACAUAUUCACGGGGUGGAACUCUUGAGAAGUUUGAGAUCCUUGACCCCGACUAAAAAAGUGUGAAUAUGUCGAUUUAUCUCAACUGAACUUUUGCCAGGAAUCUUUUCCGCUUCCAAUUCGUCCAACAAAAAUGUCAACCUAGCUACAUCGUCCCACCUUCCAGCUUCAGCAUAGAUAUUUUUCAUGAGUAUGUAGAAAGGAACUGUCUGGGGAUUGAAAUCAAAUACCAAUCUGCUACAUAUUCUGCCAUCUCAAGAUUGCCAUGAAUUUUGCAAGCACCAAGCAAAGCUCCCCAAACAUUUGCAUCAGGCUCAAUGGGCAUGUUCUCUAUAAAUUCAUAAGCCUCAAGAAGUUGGCCUGCUCUUCCUAGAAGAUCCACCAUACAAGCACAUUGCUCCAUCCCUGGCACUAUCGAGUAUUCUGUUCUCAUGCUCUCAAAGUGCUUCCUGCCUUCCUCUACAAGACCUGAAUGUCGACAAGUUGUUAGUACAGCAGUGAAGGUGAAGCUAUUAGGUUGGAUUCCUUCUUCUUUCAUCCUUGAAAAGAACUCAACAGCAUCUCUCCCACGACCAUGUGAGGCACAAGCCCCUAUAAUUGAUGACCAGGAAACGACAGUUCUAUUAGGCAACCUGUAAAAAACAUCUCUAGCUGAUUCUAUACUCUCACAUUUUGCAUACAUAUCGAUAAGCGCAUUAGUGAGUGAAACAUUGCAUUCCAAACCUUUGCUUUUGACAAGCUCAUGAACCCAUUUUUCAGUAUCAAGUGCCCCCAACCUGGCAAAAGCUGAAAUAACAGUAACUACUGUAAUAUAAUCGAACUCAACCCCUUCAUCUAGCAUUCUGUGAAAUAGCUUUAUUGCGGAGGAACCAACAUCAUUUUGCUCGUACGCAGUAAUUAUUGCAUUCCAUGAAACCACACUAUGCUCCUUCAUUUGAUCGAACAAAGACCAGGCAACAUCAAGAAGUCCACACUUCCCAUAGAAUGCAAUCAAAGCAUUAACUAAUGAACAUCUUUUUGCACCACUAGCUUAAUACUAUACCCAUGAAUCAACAUGUUCCCAAAUCCAAACACUCCAACCGCGCACAAGCAGGAAGUAUACUCACCAAAGUAACACCAUUAAGCAGAGCACCCGAAUUAACCAUUUUGAAAAAAAAAUUCUAAUCCCUUCUCAUGAAUUCCAUUUUGCACAUACCCCGCAAUCAUAGCAGUCCAAGAAACUACAUUCCUCACCCUCAUUUGAUCAAACACCAACUCCGAAUCCAAAGUCUCUCCGCUCUGCGCAUACAUACUAAUCAAAGAACUCUGCACAAACACAUCAGAUUCAAACCCAUGCUUAACCACACUACAAUGUACUUCUCUACCUUCCCUCAAAGCAGACAACAAAGAGCAAGAACGAAGCACAAAAGGAAACGUAUAAUUAUCCACUAAAACUCCCUUAAAGUUCAAAUCUUUGUAAAUAAUUAUAGAUUCUUGGCAAGGACCCUUAAUAAAAUACCCCCUAAUCAAGAUGUUCCAAACAAAAACAUCUCUUUGAGACAUUUGAUCAAACAGUUUACGUGCAUAUUCAUAGCGGGUGACAAAGAAGAAGCUAAAGAUGCAAUCUUUGUGUAUAUUGUGAGGUUUUUGUGGUAACCAGUUGUUAAGAGGAUAGUGUGUAACUGUUUGAGGAAUGUUAGGGAAUUGCAAGAGGUUAAAAGGGAGGUGAAAUGGAGGAAUUUUUACAUAAAAUAAUAAGUGUAUAUUUGCACUUGUGUAUAUUUUUAUACACAUCAAUCUUAAAGCAAAAAAAUAUACGAGGUUUUAAUGAUUAAUUUGACCAUUAAAUCUCUUUUAUUUGCAUUACAUUUGUGAAUUGACCUCUUAAAAAAGCAGACACCAAAAAAGCUUUAUUACAUGACCCCUCCUUAAACUUAUAAAGUUCCAUUUGAACACUUCGACUAAGCUCUGUUACAACAUCAAUUUUUAAUAAAAUAUUUUAGUUGACACUAUUCGUUUAAUUUUUCCUUUUCGUAUCUUCUCAUUUCUCCAGUAGUUCAAUAAUAUAAUCAUAUAAAAUUAAUAAAUAUAAAUACAAAUUAUAUACUAGUAAGAAAUUUUAUUUUUUUCAUAUUAAGAUAUGAAAAAUUAUAUCUUAAAAUAUCAGGCAAUAUCUAGAUGGUCCAACUCCUCAAGUGAAACGUGACAAAAUUGUAUAAGAUUUAGCCCUUGUAACAGAGAACUUCAUCUUCCACACUCAACACACUGUUUGGCCGUCAAUGGAAUCAUCACUGUUACUCUCUUCCUCAAACCCCUCUUCUUCUUCCUUCACAACUUCCCCCAUUUUCUCUCCAUCCAAACACGCCCUCAUUCCUAAACCCCAAAACCUCUUCUUCAACUCCACUGCUCGGAUAGCAUUGCUCACCUGCGCAGCCCAACAGAUGAACUCAUCACCACUUUCUACAAAGGAGGUGAAGUUAUGGGGUGGGCGUUUUGAAGAGAGUGUUAGUGAUGCUGUUGAGAAGUUUACUGAGUCCAUUUCGUUUGAUAAAGCUUUGUAUAAACAGGAUAUUAUGGGCAGUAAAGCUCAUGCCUCAAUGCUUGCUAAACAGGGGUUGAUGGGUGAUAGUGAUAGAGACACUAUCAUAAAAGGUCUCGAAGAGAUAGAGAGGCAAAUUGAGGCAGGCCAAUUCAUAUGGAGGACGGAUAGAGAGGAUGUGCAUAUGAACAUUGAAGCAGCGCUUACUGAUUUGGUUGGUGAACCUGCCAAAAAGCUUCACACUGCUCGGAGUAGAAACGAUCAAGUUGCAACUGACUUUCGCUUGUGGUGUCGUGAUGCUAUUGACACAAUCAUUUCACACAUUAAGAAUCUUCAGAUUGCAUUGAUUGAACUAGCUCUCCAAAAUGAGGGUCUUAUUGUUCCUGGAUACACUCAUCUGCAAAGGGCCCAACCUGUUCUGUUGCAACACCUUCUCUUAGCAUAUGUUGAACAGCUUGAGCGUGAUGCUGGUCGCUUAUUAGAUUGUAGAGAAAGGGUGAAUUUCUGCCCUCUAGGUGCAUGUGCAUUAGCUGGCACUGGCCUUCCCAUUGAUAGGUUUAUGACUUCUGAUGCAUUGGGAUUCACUGCCCCAAUGAAGAACAGCAUUGAUGCAGUUUCCGAUCGAGAUUUUGUGCUUGAGUUACUCUCUGCUAAUUCCAUCACUGCCGUUCAUCUCUCUCGCCUGGGUGAAGAAUGGGUAUUGUGGGCAUCUGAAGAAUUUGGCUUCUUGACCCCUAGUGAUAAAGUUUCCACUGGAAGCAGUAUAAUGCCCCAGAAGAAGAAUCCAGAUCCAAUGGAACUUGUUCGCGGAAAAUCUGCUAGAGUUAUAGGGGACUUAGUUUCACUUCUUGUGUUGUGCAAGGGACUUCCUCACGCUUACAACCGAGAUUUGCAGGAAGAUAAGGAGCCUGUAUUUGACAGUGUCAAGGCAAUAGUUGGGAUGCUCGAGGUCUCAGCUGAUUUUGCGCAGAAUGUUUCUUUUAACCGAGAGAGGAUAAAAAAGGCUCUACCAGCUGGUCAUCUUGAUGCCACUACACUUGCGGAUUACCUUGUGAAAAAGGGAAUACCUUUCAGAACUUCUCAUGAUAUAGUUGGGAGGUCUGUCGCAUUGUGUGUUUCCAGAAACUGCGAGAUUCAAGACCUUAGCCUUGAUGAGUUGAACAGUCUACAUCCAAUAUUUGACAAGGAUGUCUACGAAUACCUUGGGGUUGAAAAUUCAAUAAAGAAAUUCAGGUCAUAUGGCUCCACAGGUUCAGAAUGUGUUGCAGCUCAGCUUGAUUACUGGAUUAGUAAGUUUGGUAUCAACAAAGAGAGGUAAUUGUGUAGAGAAUGAUCCACAGUAGAAAAUUCUAUGGUUCGUCAUACAGCUCUGUAAGAAUUUGGAUGCUUCAGCAGAAGAGGGAUUAUGUUGCUAGCUACUUUUCCGCUAACAGAAUUUUGUGAUCUCCUUAGGGACGUAUUCAUGUGAUCACUUCCAUUUGAAAUUCUUGUAAUUGAGAGCAAUCAAGAAAUUGAUAUUUUUGUGGUAAAUUGAAUAAAGACUGAAAUGGGGCUUGUGUUUGACAACCAAA